AUGUAUGAGUCGGACCGCCUUCCAGAGUCCUGGGUUGCGAGGAUCAAUGCCAUGGACGAGGUGUGGGUACCGUCGCAGUUUGCUGUGGAGCAGUUCACGAAAAGUGGCGUCCAUCAAGACAAGAUUGUCGUAGUGCCAGAGGCUGUCGACACGGAGCUUUUCAACCCUUCCGUGCAAGCGAUGAAUGUGGAUAUUGGAAGUGGCCUGUUCCGCUUCGUCUCAGUUUUCAAGUGGGAGAAGCGCAAAGGUUGGGACAUCUUGCUGCGCGCAUACUUUCAGGAGUUCACCGAAGCUGACGACGUCGUGUUGGUGAUCAAGACACAGUCCUUCCACAGCGGCGACAACUUCGAGGCGAAGGUGAAGGAUGAGAUUCGCCGGGCCCAAGACCUGGCUCCUGGUAAACCUGCGCGGUUCAAGCUGCUCGCCACGGACUUGAAGCUGAAGGAGCUGCCCCGCCUGUAUCGAGCCGCGGACGCCUUCGUUUUGCCCAGUCGGGGCGAGGGCUGGGGCAGGCCGCACGUAGAGGCUAUGGCCAUGGGUCUGCCGGUGAUCGCCACUAACUGGAGCGGCUCCACCGAGUUUCUCUUGGAAAACGUGUCCCUCCCGUUGCGGAUCGAAGGCCUCGAGCCUGUGGAGGGCGGACUUGAGGGCCACCAGUGGGCCGUGCCAUCUGAAAAUCAUCUGCGAGAGCUGAUGCGGUGGGUCGCGGAGCACAGAACCGAGGCCCAUGCGCUUGGAGAGGCUGCUCGCCGGCACAUGGUGGAGCACUUCAGCCCAGAUGCAGUCGUCGCGAAGCAUGUGCUGCCUUUAUUGCGACAGAAGACUGGAGGAGCCCGGUCGCGGCCCAAAUCCUCAUCUGAACUUUAG